AUGGAGGAAGGUGAGGCAAGCGGGGGUAAAGGGCAAUGGCAGGUCAUGGAGGAGGAGGAGGAGGAGCAGGAGGAGGAGGAGAAGAAGCAGGAGAUAGAGGAGGAGCAGAAGGAUGGGGGGAUGGAGGAGAUGAGAAGAUCCAACUUGAUUGCACCAGCACGUAUGGCACUAGCACGUAUGGCACCAGCACGUAUGGCACUAGCACGUAUGGCACCAGCACGUAUGGCACCAGCACGUAUGGCACCAGCACGUAUGGCACUAGCACGUAUGGCACCAGCACGUAUGGCACCAGCACGUAUGGCACUAGCACGUAUGGCACCAGCACGUAUGGCACUAGCACGUAUGGCACCAGCACGUAUGGCACUAGCACGUAUGGCACCAGCACGUAUGGCACCAGCACGUAUGGCACUAGCACGUAUGGCACUAGCACGUAUGGCACCAGCACGUAUGACACCAGCACGUAUGGCACCAGCACGUAUGGCAUCUGCAUGUAUGACAACAACUCUUAUGGCACCUGCACGUAUUGCACCAGUUCGUAUGGCACCUGCACGUAUUGCACCAGUUCGUAUGGCACCUGCACGUAUUGCACCAGUUCGUAUGGCACCUGCACGUAUUGCACCAGUUCGUAUGGCACCUGCACGUAUUGCACCAGUUCGUAUGGCACUUGCAUGUAUUGUACCAGUUCGUAUGGCACCUGCACGUAUUGCACCAGUUCGUAUGGCACCUGCACGUAUUGCACCAGUUCGUAUGGCACCUGCACGUAUUGCACCAGAACGUAUGGCACCUGCACGUAUUGCACCAGUUCGUAUGGCACCUGCACGUAUUGCACCAGUUCGUAUGGCACCUGCACGUAUUGCACCAGUUCGUAUGGCACCUGCACGUAUUGCACCAGUUCGUAUGGCACCUGCACGUAUUGCACCAGUUCGUAUGGCACCUGCACGUAUUGCACCAGUUCGUAUGGCACUUGCACGUAUGGCACCUGCACGUAUGACACCAGCACAUAUGCACCUUCACCGGAAAAUCAAGGAGCUUAUAGGCAGCUUAUACAAGUUUCAAGACACUGAUCCCCUGCUUUACUUCACACCCGACACCAAGCCCAGCAAGGCUCAGCUCAAGCUCCAAGCCUUAAGUGAUGAAAAUCUCUUCGCUUAUCUUUGA